AUGGUGGCGGUGGUGGUGAUGGUGGCGGUGGUGGUGUGUGCGCAGGCGGAGACGCACGAGGGGCUGCGGCUGCAGCUGCGGCGCGACGUGGCGCUGGAGGCGAUGCCGCGGCACAUGGUGGCGUUCGGCGCGGCGCUCGAGUCGUGCUGCCCGCAGCGCUUCGCGCCGCCGCGCAACCGCGUGCGCGAGACGUGGGUGGACUGCGGCCGCCUGCCCGAGGAGCUCGCCACCGCCAAGGAGGUCUUCCAAGGCAUCACGCAGCUCCAGUCUGUGCAGAAGUUCUGCGAGUUCCUGGAACGCAACCCGCGCCACGCGGUGCCACCGUACCUGCGCCAGGUGGGCAUGGUGGGGCUGAAGGGCCCCGCGGCGGAGCGCGUGCGGCGCAGGGGCGGCUACACGGGGCGCAAACUCAAGAAGCUCGUGCCGCGCCAGCGCCCGCAGCCCAAGACGGCUCCCACCACUCUCCACGCCAAGGACAAGCAGUUGGUUCGCGGGAAGUUCAAGUAUGGACGCGCCGAUUUGCUUUGAAUGCACUGAGACCUGGUGUUUAUGGCAGCCAAAGCAUCUCCUCUUACACGUACACUAUCGCCACGCUAAGAACUCUUUGGAGAUCCAUACUUAUGUAUACUGUUUAAGGUGGCAUUUAAUGUAGCAAUGGUAUGAUUUAUUGAUGAGCAAUAUAAAUGUGUUGUCAUUAAAUUGUGCUUUAAUAAUUGUUCUAACGAGUAAAGAGCUUAACGUAAAUUCAUUAAUAUCAUUAUGAAUUUAGAUUAUACUUAUGGCUUGUAGCCACAAAUAUUCUACUUAUCAAAACAAAAAUGGUCGGACG